AUGUGCACCCGAAAAUAUUACUUUUUGAGCAUUAUCUCCAUUUCUCUUUGCAGUACCAUACGCGAGGGCAUCAUUCGCUGCAUUCUGGCCACCGACAUGGCGCGUCACAAUGAGAUACUAACGCAGUUCAUUGAGAUUACGCCCGUCUUCGACUACAACAAUCGUGCGCACAUCAAUCUGCUGUGCAUGAUACUCAUCAAGGUGGCCGACAUCUCCAAUGAGGCACGGCCCAUGGAUGUGGCUGAGCCGUGGUUGGAUCGUCUGCUGCAGGAGUUUUUCGCCCAGAGCGCCGCCGAGAAGUCGGAGGGGCUGCCGGUGACACCGUUCAUGGAUCCCGAUAAGGUGAGCAAGCCCGGCUCACAGGUGCGCUUCAUUGGACUUGUGCUAUUGCCGCUCUUCGAGGCCCUCGGCGAGCUGGUGCCCGAGCUGACGGAGCUCAUCAUAAUACCGGUGCGCAUUGCGCUCGAGUACUACAGGCGCCUGAACGAUGCACAGACCAAGACCCGCAAAUCGGUAGCCGACAGCAAUGCCUCGGCCACAUCGGACAGCAACAGCGGCAACAUGGACUCGAACGCCGCCAUGGCCAGCACGCCCGGGCACAAUGCGGCCGACAAGCAGCUGUUGGACAACAAUAAGGGCUCGAAUGCUGCAUCUGGAGCCGGAGGUGGCGGAUCUGGAGCUGCUGGAGCUGGGGCUGGCUCUGGCGGCGGUGGCGGUGGCGGUGGCGGUGGCGGUGGCGGUGGCAGCGGCUCACCUCAGAUGCCGCGCUCUGGCUCUGCCAUAAGUGUCAAGUCACGUCGCAGCAUACCCUCACAGAAGUCGGCAUCGCGCACCUCCGUGGAUGAGCCAGGCGGCAUGGGCGCUGAGCUCCACGAUCUGCCCGAGGGCAGCGAAAGCGGCGAUUCGGAGACAGCUACCGAGGUGGAUGUGGCUGAGAAGACGUCCAAGUUCAAGGUGGACACCGAGGGCUGCAGCAACCGCAGCAAAUCGUCGCACUCCACCUCACGGAAAUCGUCGCGCGAGAAGCGGCCCUCGAUGAUUGGCGAGCUGUGCAGCAGCGGCGGAGGGCAACGCAUACGCAACUCGUACGGCAACAUUCACGGCUACCACAGCAAUCGGUGUCACUUUGGCAGCAAUCGUGCCGUCAGCCUCGAUCAGUACAGCACGAACAAUCGCCGGCUGUCCGACGGCCUGCCCCAGGUCAUCUCGGACAGCAAUGUCUUCUACGGGCGACCCAAUCGUGGCAGUCUCGAGGCGACGGCAGCAGCGGCCGCGGCUCAGGGGGGCGACCUCAAUAUGAACACCAGCAGCAGCAGCGCGGGUCAAGCGGGCGCAGCAGCAGGAGCAGGAGCAGGAGGAGCUCCGCAAACGGUGCACAGUCAAAUGUUGUCGUCGCUGCGCGAGUCAGACAAAUUGCCAGCAACAGACGUAGCAGCAGCAGCAGCAGCAACUGUUGCUGCCAGCACCACCAAUGGCAACAUAUCGCCAACGCUGACCCAAACGUUGGCCAGCAAUGGCAGUGCGCGCAGCAGCAGUGCUGCAACAGCAACUGUUGUUACCGUGCAGCAGCAGCAGCAGCAGCAGCAACAACAGCAGCAGCAGCAGCAGCCCAGCAGCAGCAGCUCCUCUUGGAAGUCGCGUUUGCGUCAGUUCUCCGACUACUUUAGCUUCAGCUUUGACAAGGGCAACAAACGCUUUGGCAGCACACGCAGCAGUCCCUGCCCCGUGCGUGGCAACAACAAUGCAACUGGCAGCAGCAGCAACAACGCCGGCGAGCCCAACGCCGAGUCGAAAGCAACCCAGUCGACCGGCACCUAUUGCAACAUUUCGAAUAGCCCCACGCCGGGCGCCCCAUUGGCUGCUGUUGGCCAGGCCCCGGGCGGCAUGGGCCGGCAUCGGGCCUACAGCUUGGAUGUGCCCUGCAGUCGGCAUGCGGCGACGCGCUACAGCUCCGGGGACAGCAGCAGCCGCAAGUCGUCGUCGCGGCACGACGAGCACAACAACAGCAACAACACGCUGCACAGCAGCAGCGGCGGCAUGGGCACGGGCAUGGGCAUUGGCGAGCUGUCGGGCAUACGUAUUCGGAUCGGCAGCGCUGAGGAGGGCGGCAGUGGAGCCAGUGGCGCGAGUGCCGCAGCUGCUGCUGGCGGUGCAAUCAAAUUGCCGCCGAGCAUUAGCUGCGAGAUGGGCCUGGCCAGCGGCUCCUCGUCGGAGGCGGUGCCAAAGAUUUGACAACAGGGGAGCUCCGAUACGACCAACACAAAUACAAACAACUCGCUCUGCAAUCAGGCGGCAUUCCACACGGUCAGCACGGAGGAGGAGCCACAGCCGGAGGAGCGACGCCAGCGGCUGCUGCACCAGCAGCAACUGGAGCAUGACGAAGAGGAGGAGGCUAUCAUCAACGACAGCGAUGACGUGGAUGGCAGCAGUGAGUCCGAUGCUCUCCAUCAGGACACCUCCAGCUGUGAGGUCUCAUCGAUGACCAUGACCGUCUGGUCAGCCAUUGGCCAGCGGCUCAAUGCGCUCGUCUGCCAUUGCUGUGAGCGCAAGCUGCCCGAGCCGGAGAAUGUGUAAGGAGACGAUGCCAAAUAUAG